UUUCAACUCAAAGAAGAAGAAGAAGAUCAGAUCUAAUUGAGUCGAGAGAGAGAUAUGUUUGGGAGGCUGAGACCGCCGCCAUCUUCGCCUGACUGUUUGGAGAGAUAUCCGGCGAAAAUCAUCAAAGACGAUCCUCUCUCCGUCUACGAGUCAACACUGUUGAAGCUUAAGCAAGGAUCAAAACUGGAGACUUCAUCAGAAACAGAGGGUGAAGAGAAUCUGUCAUUAUCAUCAUCAUCAUCAUCAUCACCGUCUCAGGUCUUCUCUUCGGAUACACAAAUAGGAGACACUCAUGAUGCAAUGGCUAUAGAAUCAUGUGAAAGCUCGAAACAGUUAAAGAACAAGAAGAACCCAUCAGUACUGUCCAUGUUUUGCAAGUACAAGAAUCAAGCUCAAGCACGAAACAUGAAGACAGAGACGACUCAAGAGUGAUUUGUAAACACAUAUCUCUCAAGUUCAUAUGUAUUGAUUGUACUUUGAUUAUGUUAAUGUACAACUUAACUAGACAACUAUGUUUUGUAAGGAGUCUAUAGAAAAAUAAUGUAAUAUUUCCGUCUUCUAUCACU